GGCGCGUUUGUGACGUGUUUGAGAGCUACCGUCAUAUGUCCUCUAUUUCUUGUACAAACAUGUUAUUCACGUAUAAAAGCGCUUUCUGUCAGUGAAUGGAGAUUCGGAUCGUAAAGGCUUCACUGAACUUUCUAACGGUACACGAUGGAAAAGUUGACCUCGCAGACUUGUUUUCACCACCACCUUGUGUCUUCAUGUGGAAAAUUAAUCUACUUUCACAAACAAGGGUCGAGCGGAACUGACAGCGAAAGAGGCGAGGUAUUAUUCUCAAGACUAUCGUUUAAAAGGGAAGACAAUUUAUUCCUAAAUGAAGCGAAUGGAGUAGCUGUCAUCUCAACAUCAAAAGGUUCACACUUGGAAAUUAUAAAGUGCAGAUGCGCAUUACAUACUCAGAAGAGAGUGAUUGUGCCCUGUGUUCUUGUGGCAAAACAUUCUAAGAAAUUAGAUGAUUUCCACUAUAGUCUUCUCUGUCUGACCAACUCAAAUCAACUUGAACCUUGCUUGAAGUUUAAGCUCCCCUAUAAGGUUAAAGAGGACGUGUGCAUCCUUGAGGGACCUACAUUGAUGUGGAGCCAUGCAGACCACGUGUGGUAUACGUCCUUACAGACUGGAGUGGUCAAGCAGAUCCCCUUUCACAUGUCACGCACUGCUAUUGGGGAACUUCCACUUAACAGAGGAUUAUUUGUUCUUGGAUUACUAAGUGUUUCAGAAUCAGAUCAGGAGGUGUCAAGUCAAACCUGUGGAUACUUCAUUCAAGAUGAACAAAAGUUUGAUGGAAAUUUGGUUUUACCUCAUCCGUACAUUUCGAUCACCUGUUGCCUCUUGGUGCUCUCAGCUAUAAAGACUGAUGAUGUGCUAAAAACAUCUUUAGUUGUAGCGACAUCCAAUCAACAACUUCUCUAUGUUGAAAAUGGUGUUGUGAAAGAUGUAUGCCAGCUUCCUUUCACUCAGCCAGAGGACAUUCAGCUGGUCAAUACUGGCAAAAAUGGUGAUCUAUUUGUCAUAUCUUUCAGUGACAGUCAUGUCUGUGCAGUGUGGAAAGACACGUUGUCUGUUGCUUCGAAGUGGUCAGAAGUUGUUUCGUUGCUUGUGGAUGACUUUCUUGGCAUUGGAACAGAUCAAAUGUUACUGAUUUUUAAAGAGAUUGAUGCAACAAGUCAGCCUUUGAGAGUGUUUUUAAUAACAGAUCUUUGUGGUGUUUCUUACUCUAGUGUCCGAGCUGAUGAGCCCAUGAAACCACCUUGUGCUCAACCUGAGAAUUAUUUUUUUACCAUUCAAGCUUUAGAAUCACGGCUACUGAGUGGGUUUACUGUACUCCAAGAACUUCAGAGAGAAGAAAGGGCAAAAGAGACAGUUAUACAACAGUCAUUACUAUCUCUUACAGAUGCUACCACAAGACAUAAGCCUGCACUCACUCUGCUUGAGCAGGAAAGCCUUGCUGCUCUUUGGGACUGUGAUGAAACAAAAGAUGAGAUUGAGGAUGACAAAAUGCAAGAUGUGCUAACUGUGUCAUCAAAUCCUCAAGUGGACAAGCUAUGGCAUCGCGUCACAGGAGACCGGCUGGUUGUGGGAGUGAUCCUAUCAGUUGACAGCACUGGACCAGUGUCCGGUGUGAGCUUAUUUACUGUGACAGAGGCAGACCAGAGUUCAACGCCCACGGCUGUCCAGACCCAGAGCCAAGUGUUUUGGCUUCCCACACUCUGCCCCUCAACGCCAUCCCCCAUGUUGCCCUCCGCCCCCUCAUAUGCCUCCUCCUCUUCUUCCUCCUCUUCCUCCUACCCAGAGCCCGCAGCCAAGAGAAGCAGGCAGCAGCACAGCACCGAAAACAGCCAUGAUCUCAACACAGGCCGAGUGGCUGUGACUGCGCUGGCUGCCCUCACACCUUUGUUGAACUCCGGCCGUGUCAAGUGCCAUGUCAUGCUACAUUACGCUCCGACACGAGACAGUUUUCACCCCGCGAGCAACCCGGCACCAACCGUUCUACACUGUGGUCAGGUGGUGCUGGACUUACACCAUGACGUACAAACGCAGCUAGUGUCCAGGCCAGAGGUCAAGACAGAUGAGAGCUUGGAGGACUUGCUGAGUUUGAUGGCCUUACUGGAUCACUGGACAUUUCACAUAGACUCUCCUGAUUACAGCCUGGGUGACAUAGUUGGCCAGAUUCAGAAAAGAGUGGGCUGUAAAAGGAUAGAAGUGAGCCCUCAACAUCUUCUGAUAAAUUCUGCGGGACCAUCUGCUCCUAUGCUGCUCCGCUGGCAUCAGAUAACCCCUUUUCAGGCAGAACUGUCAGUACACACCAGUGAGUUACAGAUGCUACAGUUCCUGGACUUGCUGUUGGCCUCCCUCCCAGGGUCAUGCACCAUGGAGCCUGUCAAAGCUACCAGAGGACAGAGUGAAGCACAAAUCUUUUCUCUGGCGCUCGAGAGGGAAAUCACCUCACUGAGGGACUGUGUGUCUGCGAUGCUUUCCAAAGAAAAGGAUGAUGAUAACAAAAGAAUAAGCUCUUUUAUCUCUCCUGACCCACGCUGUGAGGAAGCUCUCCAGAGGUGCAGGGAUGACUGGCAGAGGGACGUGGAGCGGAGUAAAAGGAACUUGUGCCCCCUGGUGGACGUGCAGAGAUAUCGUGCGUCGACUGAAAGCUUCUUCAAAGAGCUGCUCGGUGGGGAUUUGGCAGCUCUCAUAGAGACGCAGAAAACUUUGUACAGCUAACAGGCUUCUGUCAGCACUUCCAUCAGCCGUCGCUCGCCCUCAGUCCCUCAAGUGUCACUGUGUUUUGACUUGUGUGCUGUUUACAUUGAAGCUGUAUUAAAAGCUGCUCCUGAUUCGCUGCUUGCUGACCUCUGUGUGUUUGCUCUUUCAGACGACCUCAUGGGGGGAUAUUGUUUCUGAUGCUGUGGUGUGGUGCUGCUUCCUAAUUUCCUUAGAUCACCCCUGGGUUCCACAGCCUUCAUGUGAUACUGCACUCUGCCUGGUCUCCUCCCGUUUGUGUCCCUGUGCACCCCCAAUGCUCUACAGCAUUGUUUUAUGUUUUGUGUUGUUUGCCUUGUUCUGUGACAGACAUAACCCUUGGAUUCACAUUGUGUUGUGAAUAAAGGCACACGGUGAUGGAGGGCAGAGGGCUUCACAGCUGUGGGUGGGGUUGCUUUUAGUGGGACUCUCGCCUCAUGGUUCAGCUGUUUUGCAGUGAAAUGAAAACUGUUGUCCAUAGCCAUCCGUGCUGUUAUUUAAAAGGCCACUCCUUCAAGUGAACAUCAAACUGUACUUAAAAGAACUGCGCUGGCUCCUCAGAGGAUGGAGAGUUUUAUCUCUCCCUGUGGAGAUGAGAAAAGGACAUGUAUUUUGUUGGCUAAAGGUCCUGGAGUGUGUAGCAGUUACUGUCUGUCUGUUUCAUGAAUCCCAAAGAGAUACGAACUCACUUAUAUCUGUGCUUCAGCGCACAUAACAGGCUUUGAUGGACUCUUGUGUAACAUAAUUAUAGCUUACACUCUGCUUUGACAUGUUAGAUGACCAGACCUGAAACAUGUUGAAAAAAUGCUACUUGUGUUCCUAAAUAAACUUCUUCACAAAGGCUCCUACACACUUACUAUAAACACUCUGACCAAACCAUCAUUUCAAGUGACAGGUGGACACACCUGUGAAGCCUGUUCAGUAAAUAACACCAUUAAAUGGCCUGGGGCUACAGUUCUCAGUUCUCUCAAAAUACAAAUUCAAUUUCCUUCUCCUUGUCUGUCACUGAAA